CACGCUGCGCCAGCAGCAGACAGCUUCAGCUCUCAACAACUGAUGCACAGACAGUUGUUGUUUCUCCCUGUUCCUCCUUUCUGCUCCUCUAAUCAUUUUCUUCUUUAGUUUCUGCCCCUACACUGCCCCUUUUCAUCCCGUCUGUACUUUCCCCUUACUUUCCUCUACUCUGUCAUUCUUUUCUGUACUUUUUCUCAGUCGGAUAUAAAGGCAGGUCCUGUUGGAGGGAGAAGGCUUGUGUAAUCUCUGGCUGUACAUGAGCACCGGAGAGUCACUGCCUCAGUUGGAAAGGCAAAGCAGCAGAGGACCUAGAAACACCUAAAGGACAAACUCUGGAAUAAAAGGAAAAAGAAAGGAGUUCUGAGAAAAGAAAGGACAUUUCAGAGAAGGACUCUGGAGUUAAGGUGGACUUUACACAACAUGCCGGGCUGCUUCGUGCUGCUGCUGUCCCUGCUAGUCGUCUCCACAGGAAGUGAUGCCAGAAAAAUAAGGAAAAGAGGGCUCAACCAUAAGGACUACGAGUACCCCAACCAUCCCCAGUCCACACAGCACCAAAAGAAUGACCGGUGUCCACCGCCACCCCAGAUGCUGCCGGAGCGGGCAUGUGAGGUGCCAGGCUGCCGCUCAGACUCAGAGUGUGAGCGGCAUAAGCGAUGCUGCUAUAACGGCUGCAUCUACGCCUGCCUGGAGUCAGUUCAGCCCCCACCAGUGCUGGACUGGCUGGUGCAGCCCAAGCCUCGGUGGCUGGGGGGUAACGGCUGGCUGCUAGACGGCCCUGAGGAGGUUCUGCAAGCUGAGGCAUGCAGUACAACUGAGGAUGGAGACGAGCCUCUCCAUUGUCCCACAGGCUAUGAAUGCCACAUCAUCAACCCAGGAAAUCCUGCAGCUGGCAUCCCAAACCGGGGACAGUGCAUCAAGCAACGCGGUAACGAUGGACGUGGCUUGAGGCACAAAUACUUUAAGGACUACAAGGACUACUUGGGAUCCACCUCUAACAAUGCUGUAGGCUAUGAAAAACAUCAUCACAAGCACCUGGGAUGAAAUCUACCAAACCUCAGAUUCAACUUGGACCUUGAAACAACCUUGGACAUCCUGUUUGAUCUGCUCACACCUGAACCAGGAUCACAUCUGACCUUCUUUCCUACACCGACCCACAGCUGCCACCUCCUCCUGUCUUGCAGCUUCAUCGUAGUAACUUGUCCUUUGGGAGACAUGUCUGAUGUACCUCAUGCAGCCAAUGAAAAAAAGUUAUUUUUUUCUUUGGCGUGCGAUGUCUAUGACAGCAAGGGUGAAGGUGUUGGUGAGAAAGCAGAGGAAGAGAGAGCAAGCUGUGGGCCAAAGCAGUCAAUCUAAUAGAAAACAAGCCAGCACCAUUUUUCCCACAGCCCUCCUCUCUAUAACUCAUCCUUCUCUUUUCUUGUGCCUGGUCAGCAGAGAAAAUCGAGACCAUGUGGCCUUCUUACAUAUUCUCAGAGGAAUUCUGCUCAAAAUUCUUCAACAAAGCAGAAAAAUCCAGCUGCUGUGGUUUGAUCUCUAAAUCUAAUCCACAUGUGAUUGGAUAUUUAGAUUAAGAACAAUAUUUGGCUGAAGUAAUAUUUCAUGAGUGUGUGGAUUGUCAUUGAAGGAUUUAGAACUUCUAUGUUUCUUUUCCAGCCCUAAGAUGUUGUAACAUGUCAAAUGUAAUAAACUAGAUGCAUAAAGAG